AUGCGAGCUUUCCCGUCGAAAUCGUCCCUACUGUGCUUGAGGUCGCAGAACUUCCAGCCACUCGGCCCGAAAACAGUUCGUUGGUCGAAAGUCGCUGAGCGGAUAGAAAGCGGUUGUGAAACUGACCUUGACGUAGUCCAUUUUCUUUGGAAGAGGAAGGGUUGGUUGAGCUUCCGUUGCCAUUUACUUGUCUGCGACCGUACUAAGCUGAGUGCGGCGAGCCUUCUCGAAUCGUUCGGCCGGAUCAAGCUCUUCGAAGGGAGCGUAGUUGAUCAUCACGUUAUCCCACCGCCAUUCGUUGUGUGCUCUAGUCUAGAUUUGGGAAAGUCCCUGACCAACUCUAAUGAUGGUGUUCUUAACCGUUCGCUCAGAGAUCAGCUGGUAGAUAGGUAUCAUAAUGAACCGGCAGAGCGAAGUAGUUCUGGGACAGGUAGACUGGCUCAUCUUCAGCAUGGGCCUACUUGCAAACACUCAGAGGCUGAAGAUGGGGGUACUGCGUUAACCACCAAGGUCUCUUUGAAUAUCAUGACUAGGAUUUCCGCAGGCAAUCAAGGAGGCGAAACUCGGAACAUGAUAGCCGGGAUUCACAGCAAUGGCAAACACAAUAUGGAUCCGUACCUUAGUGAUUUCGCAUCCGCGAUAGGAUUUUGGUCGGCUUUGGAAAAUGUUGAACCAAUGCUUGCUAAAGGAAAGGAAAGGAAGGAAAGGAAAGGGAAGAUGAAGCUCAAGGUAGAUGCGAAGGCGAACAUUAUCGAGACUGAUCAAGGGGCUAGAUGUGGGCCUGACUUCAGCUCCAGUGGUAGGUGGGAACAUUUACUUACCAGUCGCAAUCUUGGCUCAUCGGCGGCUGCGGCUGAAGAGUCUCGAGAUGAAGAGACACCACUAAUUCACUUCACACGUUCUCCGCUUCUUCCCCGAAAAUUCACGAGUCAAGAGUCCUUGAUUCGUAUGGCCUGGGUGAUAAUCGCGAAAUUAAGGAAGAUAAUGUUUGAGAAAUUAGUGGCAGUGAAGACAACCACGCCGAAGAAAUACCUAUUUUUCAGCUCUCGCGAGCUUCUGAAAUCUUGUAUAUUUUUGUGCUGGGCAUUGAGUCUUGACCUAUCGAAAGGCCCGAAACCUCGUGUGCUAAAAAGAAAGAAUAAAACGAACACCACCAAAAAAGCCCAGAGAGAGAUCGAAUCGUAUGAUAAUCAUAAGACUCGUCAAGCCAUGCUUCAAGUAAAAAGGAGCCAAGCUACGGGUACCGCUCCCAUCAAACCAAGAGCUAUGAACCGACGCAACAAAGGCACAUACAAGAUCCAUUGUGCUUUUGUAUUAAAAGGGAAGAGAAUUUCGGGCAAUCGUAUCGAGGAUAGAUAA